AGAGAGAGGGUCAGAUAUAGAGUUGAAUUAGAGGAUUAAUUAAUGUAUGCAAUGGCCCAUCCCAUAAUGCAACAAAAGGGCAGAAGUCAAUGUUCUGUAUGCGUAUUAGUGAUUAUAACCUAAAAGGAGAGAAUUUAUCAAUUGUGAGGGCGAAAUAUAUUGUCUGCAUAUAAUCAGCACACUGAGACAAUCAAUCGCCCACAGACAAAUGCUUAUCUUCUCACAAGGUUCUUAUCCAAUACAUUCAAAAACACACAAUGUGACAACUUUCAGUGCACUAUAUCAGUGAAUCAGAAUGCAUUGUGUUCUAACUCUGUUCAUUUUGAGUUGUGUUGGUACUUUUUUUUUGGUCCAUGGAAACAUUAAUUCUGAAAUAGCAGAUGAAAUUCAGAAACAUGUCUCUCCAAUAUUGGCCAAAUACUCUGAGCUGGAAACUAUCAAUUUAGAAAACCAGAAAAAGAUCAAUGAACUACAAAAAGAAGUCCUGAUAUUGAAACAGAAGAAUGACCUCAAGACCUCUGACCUCCUUGAGGUAACUCAGCAGUUACAGAAGCUUUCUCAAGCAAAACUGGCUCCAAACCAUCUCUCUGGUGACAUCUGUCAAUAUGUGGAUGAGCAGUGUCCUAGAAAAUCUCGUGAAGACAGACAAACGGCCCACACUAUUGCCUUCAGUGCCUACAUAGACCACUUAGGUGGAAAUAAUCACGUUGGAAACACGCUCCUUUACAACAAAGUCCUGGGUAACUAUGGCAACGGCUAUGACACCAACACUGGAAUCUUUACAGCCCCUGAAACCGGUAUCUAUGCUUUUCUCUGGGUAACUCAGGUUCACCAUGGCAGCUGGUGCAGCACCAGAAUGUUAAGAAAUGGCUUCAUUCUCAGCAUGACAGCCUCUUAUGCUAAAGCUGCCAGCACCAGUUUGACAGAGAGUGGGUCUGGGACGGGGUUUCUCAUAACCUACAUGAACCAGGGAGACACAGCUUCUGUGGAAAUGAACAACCCUACUGGCACACCUUGCAAUAUCGUCAGCAAUGACAAAGGCAUUACUACUUUCUCUGGGUGGAAAAUUGCUAGAAUUUGAUGUACAUGUACUUUAAAAAAAAAUCUAAUAAAUGGAAAUUUAAUUUGAUUAUAUUUCCUUCAAUUUU